GGCCAAUGAGAAAACGAAGGGAAAAACUAUGGUAGGGUAGCCAUCCAUGGAGUGGCCGAUAUGAAGGAGGGGAUAAAUCAAUCCAAACGUCCAUUAACACCUCCACAAACCACAUACACCAUCUGCCCAACAAGGCAACUUUAAGCAAUCCUCCUCCAUUAGAUGGCCAAACCAAUUCCUUCACCUCUCUAUGAAAAAAUCCCCCAGAAAAACACACUCCAUAGAGCCUCGGACGUCACCAUUUUCUUCCUUCUCCUCUCUCUCCUUGCUUACCGUCUCCUCUCCCUAAAAAACAAUGGCUUCACUUGGCUCCUCGCCUUCCUCUGCGAGUCAUGGUUCACCUUUAUUUGGAUUCUUAACUUGAGCUCCAAAUGGAAUCCUGUGUCCUACAAAACAUACCCUGAGCGCCUUCUACAAUGUUAUCGAGUUGAUGAGCUUCCUCCAGUGGACAUGUUUGUGACAGCUGCAGAUCCCAUGCUGGAACCCCCUAUCAUCACUGUAAAUACUGUCCUCUCCUUGCUAGCAGUUGACUAUCCAGCUAACAAGCUUUCUUGCUAUGUGUCCGAUGAUGGGGCUUCCCCUCUCACCUUCUUCGCUCUCCUUGAAGCAUCCAAGUUUGCUAAGCUUUGGGUUCCUUUCUGUAAGAAGUAUUGUAUUCAACCUAGAGCUCCCUUCAGAUACUUUUCCAGAGAGUUGUUACCAUCCCAUGGUAAUUCAAUGGAGUUCCUGCAAGAAUACAGAAAGAUAAAGGAAGAAUAUGAAGAGCUUAGACGAAGAAUUGAAGAUGAAACCCUGAAGUCAAUAUCAAAUGAGCUUAGUACCGCAGAGUUUGUCGCUUUCUCAAAUAUAAAAAGGGGAAGCCAUCCAACUAUAAUCAAGGUUAUAUUGGAGAACAAGGAGAGCCGCUCUGAUGGGUUGCCACAUCUAGUCUAUGUAUCCAGAGAGAAGCAUCCCAAGCAUCCACACCAUUACAAAGCGGGUGCCAUGAAUGUUCUGACCAGAGUCUCUGGAGCUAUGACAAAUGCUCCUUUCAUGCUGAACGUAGACUGUGAUAUGUACGCAAACAAUCCACAGAUUUUUCAUCAUUCAAUGUGUUUGCUCCUCAGUUCCAAGAAUGAACAGGACUGCGGGUUUGUUCAGACUCCACAAUCCUUCUAUGAUGGACUAAAGGACGACCCAUUUGGAAAUCAGUUUGGAGUUUUGUAUAAGUAUGUAGCAAGUGGAAUAGCAGGGCUUCAAGGACCUCAUUAUUCUGGAACGGGAUGUUUUCAUCGAAGAAAAGUUAUCUAUGGGUUAUGGCCAGAUGGAAGGAUGGAGUUCAAAGGAAGAAUUGGAAAAUUAACAGACGAGAGAUUAGAAAAAACAUUCGGAAAUUCAAAGGAAUUCACAAAAACAGCUGCAAGGAUUUUAUCAGGGUUGAGCGGGGUUUCGGAUUGUCCAUAUGAUCUUUCGAAUCGGGUUGAGGCAGCACACCAAAUUGCAAGUUGCAGCUAUGAGUAUGGAGCUAACUGGGGUACAAAGAUUGGUUGGUUAUAUGGAACUACAACAGAAGACAUCCUCACAGGUAUGAGGAUACAUGCAAGAGGUUGGAAAUCCACAGAUUGCCGGCCUGACCCUCCUGCAUUUCUUGGGUGCGCACCCUCAGGCGGGCCUGCUGCACUUAUCCAACAGAAGAGAUGGGCCACUGGCCUCCUUGAGGUGCUGUUCAGCAAGAACAGCCCAUUCAUUAUCACCUUCACUGCAAAGCUCCAAUUUCGCCAAUGCCUUGCAUACAUGUGGAUUCUUUCAUGGGGUUUAAGGCCAAUUCCGGAGCUUUAUUAUCUUGCUUUGCCAGCAUAUUGCAUCAUGGCCGGCUCACAUUUCUUGCCCAAUGUCCAAGACCCAGCUGUGUUGAUACCGAUAUCCCUCUUUGUCAGUUACAAUUUUCACACUCUAUUGGAAUACUGGGGGGCUGGAUAUUCAAUCCGAGCAUGCUGGAACAACUUGAGGAUGUGGAGAAUAACCGCAGUGACCGCAUGGUUAUUUGGAUUUUUAAGCGUCAUUCUGAAGCUCCUGGGGUUAUCGGAGACCGUCUUUGAAGUUACAAAAAAAGACCAAUCCACUACUCCUGGGGAGGGCAGUGACAAGGAUGCUGGUCGGUUCACCUUUGAUGGGUCUCUGAUUUUUGUUCCGGCCACUACUCUUCUGUUGGUGCACCUGAUGGCACUUGUAACAGCCUUGUUAGGACUAUUUGAUCAUGUCGAGAUUGAAUCAAGAAUAGGGGAGAUAAUAUGUAGUGUGUGGGUGGUGCUAUGCUUCUCGCCGUUUCUUAAAGGCUUGUUUGGGAAAGGAAAAUAUGGGAUACCCAAAUCCACUAUAUGCAAGUCAGCAGCUUUGGCGUUUCUUUUUUUUGCUUGCACUAUUACAGUAAGAAAAUGACAUUAGUAAAAACUAAAAACCGUAACAAUUUAUUAAGCAUAAUUGUUAGUCAAGUGUGUUAUGACAUGUAUUAUCCGGUUCAAUGUACGAACAAAUUAAUUUAUGCAAUUUUAAUGGCAGUUUGCUUUUCACCA